CAGAGGUGGGGUGAGGGAAUAAAAGCAUUCCUGAAUGUCUGGAGGAAAGAAAAAAAGAUAAAGGGGGAAAGUGAAAGGGGAGGGGAAGAGUGGUCAGGGAUUUGAACCGCCAGUGAAAUUAUGUUUCUCUGGCUCUCUUGUUCAGAUAAUAGUUAACUCGGGGUUAAAGAUUAAUAGCCAGGCAAAGCAUUGUAUAAAUGGCUCGGCCGAGCUGAAUGUAUGUAAACUGCCUGCUGCUCCCCAGUCCGCCGAGCUGCCCUCUCUGCCGUCCCUCCUCAGCAGCGACAUGAGCAGCCUGCGGGCUCUGCUGCACCGCUGCUGGCUGCCGUCCCUGCUGCUGCCGGCGCUCCUGGGCCCUCGCCUCGCCGCCGGAGUGGCCCUGCAGCCCGUGCACUGCGCCCCGUGCACCCAGGAGAAGCUCGCCCUCUGCCCGCCCGUCGCGCCCGGCUGCCCGGAGGCUGCUCGGCAGCCCGGCUGCGGCUGCUGCCAGACCUGCGCCCUCGGGCCGGGCCAGCCGUGCGGGGUGUACACGGCCCGCUGCCGCCAAGGGCUCCGCUGUCACGUCCCUGCGGGAGAGCCCCGGCCCCUCUCCGCCCUCAUCCAGGGGCACGGGACGUGCCUGCCCGCCAGCGAGGCCGGAGGGAUGCGCGCGGCAGAGCUGACAGACUCUAUUGAACCUGAGGAUAUACCUUUAGAAAGCACUGAAAUGACACAGGAUCAGAUGCUGAACUAUCAGAUGAUGUUUCCCAUAGGCCAGGACAAAUCCAUCCCCUGGAAUGCCAUCACUGCAUAUGAAAACAUGAAAGCAAAGAGAAUAUCUGAACUAAAGAAGUGGAAAGAGCAGGGACCUUGUCAGAAGGAGCUCUACAGAGCCCUGUAUAAAUUGGCAAAGGCUCAGCAGAGAAGAGAAGGGGACAUUUACAAAUUCUAUUUGCCCAACUGCAACAAGAAUGGAUUUUACCACAGUAAACAGUGUGAGACUUCACUAGAUGGAGAGUCUGCUGGGUGCUGGUGUGUCUAUCCAAAAACUGGAAGAAAAAUUCCUGGAUCUCCAGAAGUGAAAGGAGACCCUGAAUGCCAACAAUAUCUCAGCUCACAAGAAUAAAACUACACAUGUUCAUUCACACCAGGUUUUCUGUGGAGCUUGUUCUCAUCAGGAACCGUUUCAGUCAGGAUCCAUUCCAGUAAGCUAAUUAUGGGCACCUGAUUUUCAGCAUACAGGUAGCCACAUAAAGCAGCUUUUUUACUGUGCUGGCAUUACUCUGAUGCUCAAGUGACAGAUAUGAGCAACUGCAAGAUCAAGUCCUACAGUCUUGUAUAUUAUGUUUGUAUAAUAUUAUAGAUACCCUCAUAUGUAAAGCCGUUGAAUUAUUUAUUUUAUAGUGAGUGUAUUUUUGUCAGUGUCUUGUUACUAAUUUAUAUUCCCAAACACUUCAUAACUUUAUGUGUAAAUACUUAAUAUUAUUGCUCUUAAAUGCAUGUGUCAUGUUGGAGAAAUGUUGCUACUUAAAACUUCAAGUGGCAUAAAUCUUUUUGGGAAAAAUGGCUUGUAAACUUGCAUUUUUGUACUAUAUAUUUAUAGAUGUAAAAGUGAUUUUUAAAAAAUAGCUUUCAGUAGAGAACAUGGUUAGGAACUUAUUUAAAACUUGUUUUGUUUAUAUAUCAUUGCUCUGUUUCAAUGUCAAACUGUUUCUUAAAAAAGAAAGUCUAAACCUUGAUUAUAUACUGAAGCUCACGAUGGGACAGUAUUUGUUUCUUUUUCCACACGUAUGCACAGGACAUAUAGCAGAACAACAGGAUAUUCUGUGCCACAGGUGUAAAUUGUUCACAUGUUGACAUCGUCAUGUUAUUUAAAAUAAGCUAUUAAAUAAUUUCGUCUACACA